AUGUCCGCCGACCAAGUCACAUCUCUCGCCGGUGGUGGUCUUUCAGGCACUGGUCUGGGCACGGUGACGGGCGUACUCCAAGGAGGCGUGAACAAUCUGGUGAAUUUCUCAUCGAGCUUCAUCGAUCGAUUCUUCCCACCCGAGAAACGCGAGCAGUGGAAGGCAUGGCUGAUGAAGUUUGCGACUGAACGCCCUUAUCUGGCUUCUUUUCUGCUGUCACAAAUCGCGUUGAGUGGGAUGCCCUUGGCGCUGUUCGCGCUCAUGACGUUGACGGUGUUUAUCUUUGCACUUUUGGCGGGCAUUCUGGUUGGCGUGCUCGGGGCGUUGCUCUUCAUCGUGGCAGCGGUGGGAUUUGCACUGAUUGUUCUCCUGCCGAUAUUGUUCUUCACAACUGGGGCGGCUGUGUUCAUUUGGUUGUGGGGCAUGGGUGCCUAUUUCAUCGUCAAGUGGUUCAACCAGAAGGAUGUGCCUGGCGUGCAUACUGACUUGGCAGAUGGGGUAUCCAAAGCUACCGGACUCAGUGAUUUACCCGGCAUCGGCGGAAAUCCGUUGAAUGACGAAGGUCUUGAUUUGAAGUCUGCCUUAAAUGGAUCUUCGAAGCAGAAAAACUCACAAAAUGACUCGUCCAGUGGUCAAGAGCCCGAGAAGCCCGCGAAAUCAGAAAAGAAAGACAAGGCAUCGACUACGGGAGCACAGCAUCACGUCGACGGCAAGGAGAACAGCCAUCCACGAAAACUCGCAAGCCGUCCCAACUCUACGAGCCCAGCGGGCAAAGCGACCGGUGCAGUCGAUGGGGUUGGAAAGGGCGUUUCGGGCACAGUGGGCAACGCGACCAAGACAAUCGGUCUAUGA